AUGAUUAUCUCCAAUGCAAUAUGUUUUCUCAGUUUGAUUAUUGUAUUGGGAUUGACAUUUGGCAUAUAUAAAUCUAUAGGGAAUUCAAGUGCGGAGAGUUUUCAAAAAGAGUUCCUGGAGGUACUGAAUGCACAUUCGGAGAAGGGAUUGAAGACGCUCCACAAAUUCCAACAAUCCACUCAAUGCUGUGGUGUUCCAUUAUCCAAUGAAACCGUCUGGAAUCAGACUUCGAUCUCUCCGAAUAGCCCAUUGGCUUCAUGGUUCUAUUAUACGAUGCUUGAUGAGAAAUAUAUUGAUGAAGCAAGACGAUUAUUCACUCUUCCCUGGUCGUGUUGCUCGGAUAGAACUCUGGGGUGUGAGCAUUUGGCUUUUGAAAGGGUUUCCAUUAAACCAUCAAGCAAGGAUGUCAUUAUUGACGAGUUGGUUGAAAUUCAGCAUCGUUUGAGAAAAUCGAAGAAAAGUGAGGAUGCCAGACAAAGUGUCAACGAGAAUGCAUGUGAGCCCCCAGAAAAAGUUUUGUUGGAUGGGGUGCCAACGCAAUUGUUUAUUGUUGGCGCUGGAUUUGGUUGGUUUAAUGAAAAACAGGGUUUUCGGUAUUUGAAUGGAAUCCUUUGUUUGCGUUGA